AUGGAUCGAACCUUGAAGGACAUGUUUAUAGAACAUGAGGAGAAUGCCACUGGGAAUAAAGACUUUAUUUUUGAAGAAGAAGGUGAUGUAGCUGUGAUUGAGAAUGUUGAACAAGAAGUUACACCAUUGAUUCCUUUAAGUGAAACUGUAUUGGAAAAUUCUCAAUUUGAAGAACCAGUUGAACCACAAGCUGUUGAGAAUCCUGAACUAGAUGAUCCACAAGAACCUGUACAACCAAGGAGAUCUGACAGACCAAGAAGAUCCAUAGCAAAUUCGGAUUAUGUGUACUUACAAGAAGCAUAUUUUGACAUUAGAGAUGAGGCUGAUCCAACAAGUUUUAGAGAAGCUAUGGAGAGUUAG